AUCGGUCCACUCAUUCGUUAAAUGUCCCUCAAAGUGUGAAGACUGAAUUCAAUUAAAUUGUUAUCCGUUCAAUAUUUGCGUUUCUCUUUCAACUUGUUUCAACAAUCUAUACUGCUUCAAAGAUGGUUCGAACGAAAUCAAUUAAAAACUAUGUAUUCAAGCGAGACGGCCGUAAGGAGGAGGUCCAUUUGGAUAAGAUUACAUCCCGGAUUCAGAAGCUCUGUUAUGGCCUUAAUAUGGACUUCGUUAACCCGAUUGCCAUCACGCUGAAAGUUAUCAACGGUCUUUACACUGGCGUGACAACACAGGAGCUGGACAAUCUGGCGGCCGAAACGGCCGCAACAUUGACCACAGAACAUGCCGAUUAUGCUAUUCUAGCUGCUCGAUUAGCGGUAUCGAAUCUACACAAGGAAACUAAAAAACAUUUCUCCGACGUAAUGCAUGAUUUGUACUCGAUGGAAAAUGAACACCUGAAAAUUAAAUCACCCAUGAUCUCAGAGUUCCAUUACAAGGUGAUUAUGGACAAUGCUGAAAGACUGAACUCGGCCAUUGUUUACGACAGAGAUUUCGGUUAUAAUUACUUCGGAUUUAAAACUCUCGAACGAUCGUAUUUACUCAAAAUCAAGGGCAAAAUUGUUGAACGUCCGCAGCAUAUGUUGAUGCGGGUGUCAAUCGGAAUUCAUGGUGAAGAUAUUGAUGCCGCAAUUGAAACAUACAAUCUGCUGUCGGAGAGAUACUUCACCCAUGCUUCUCCGACUAUGUUUGCAGCGGCCACUCCUAGGCCGCAGCUGUCGUCGUGUUUCUUGUUAACUAUGAGUGAGGAUAGCAUUGAAGGAAUUUAUGAUACCUUGAAGAGAUGUGCUUUGAUUUCGAAGUCGGCCGGAGGCAUUGGGUUGAAUAUACACUGUAUUCGAGCGAAAGGAACCUAUAUCGCGGGCACAAACGGUAUAUCCAAUGGGCUGGUGCCAAUGUUGAGAGUUUAUAACAACACUGCUAGAUAUGUUGAUCAGGGUGGAAAUAAAAGGCCGGGAGCAUUUGCUGUUUACCUGGAACCGUGGCAUGGAGAUAUAUUUGAGUUUUUGGAUCUGAAGAAAAACACUGGCAAAGAAGAGGUGCGAGCGAGGGAUUUAUUCUACGCACUUUGGAUCCCUGACUUGUUUAUGAAGCGUGUAGAGGCUAAUGAAGAAUGGAGUUUGAUGUGUCCUCAUGAAUGUCCGGGGCUGGCGGAUGCCUGGGGUGUUGAAUUUGAAAAGUUGUACACAUCUUACGAGGAGGCUGGACGAUUCAUUCGUAAAGUCAACGCUCAAGAUCUGUGGUAUGCGAUAAUUGAAUCUCAAGUGGAAACUGGGGUUCCCUAUAUGCUAUACAAAGAUGCCUGCAACCGGAAAAGCAAUCAACAAAAUGUCGGAACUAUCAAGUGCUCGAAUCUUUGCACAGAAAUCGUAGAAUAUUCGUCGAAAGAUGAGAUAGCAGUUUGCAAUCUUGCCUCCAUAGCUCUCAAUAUGUUUGUCAAACCAGACAAGUCUUACGACUUCCUAAAACUAAAGGAUGUUGCAAAAACUGUGACAAAAAAUCUUAACAAAAUCAUCGAUGUUAACUACUACCCAGUGCCAGAAGCUAAACGGUCAAAUAUGCGCCACCGUCCAAUAGGUAUUGGUGUGCAAGGCAUGGCGGACGCGUUCAUCCUAAUGCGUUAUCCUUAUGAAAGUGAAGAAGCCCAGAAGCUAAAUCAACAAGUAUUCGAAACCAUUUACUAUGGGGCAUUGGAAGCCAGUUGUGAACUAGCUGAGAAAGAAGGUCCCUAUGAAACAUACGAAGGAUGCCCGGUUAGCAAGGGGAUACUGCAGUACGAUAUGUGGAAUAAAACACCAUCGGAUCUCUGGGACUGGAGAGCGUUGAAGGAAAAGAUUGCCAAGCAUGGUGUUCGCAACUCGCUUCUGUUAGCACCGAUGCCAACGGCAUCAACAGCGCAAAUUCUCGGAAAUAAUGACUCGUUCGAACCUUACACCUCCAACAUAUAUAACCGAAGAGUGUUGUCUGGUGAAUUUCAGAUUGUAAACCAUCAUCUUCUUAAGGACCUCACCGAGCUGGACCUGUGGGAUGAAGACAUGAAGAACAAAAUUAUCGCUUGCAAUGGUUCCAUCCAAAGUAUCGAGGAAAUUCCUGAACACAUCAGGAAGUUGUACAAGACCGUGUGGGAAAUUUCGGUUAGAACCAGUAUCAAUAUGGCCGUCGACCGGGGAGCGUUCAUCGAUCAGUCGCAGUCGUUCAACAUUCACGUGGCGGAACCAAAUUACGGCGUAUUGUCUUCGAUUCAUUUUUACGGCUGGAAGAUGGGACUCAAAACGGGAAUGUACUACUUGCGCACGAAACCAGCUGCGAAUGCCAUCCAAUUUACGGUUGAUAAAAGCAAGCUUAGCCAAAACAACAGCGUAGUUGCAGCAUCUCCGUCGAAAAUUAAUGGCAGUAGUACACAAGAGAAGUUAAAUGCAUCCAAUGCAACGGCGGACACUUCCCAGCAUCUGAACGGCUCGUAUUCCGAACGAAACAAGAAGAUGGCUGAGAUGGUGUGUUCUUUGGAGAAUAAAGACGAGUGUAUGAUGUGUGGUUCGUAGAAAAUUUAUAUCGCAACAUUUUUAAUACAUUCAAACAGAUAAAGCGUUGACGCUGAAAGCUACGAGAAAUAAUUGUUUUAAGGUUUUAUCCACAGCUCCAUUUGUCCAUUCGUCGUUUUUCAUCUAUAUAGGAAUUAUCAUCAUGUUAUGUAAGCAUUUAGUUCAUUGAUUGUAUUAUACGUAUGAAUAUAACCUUUUAUUUCAAAACUA